AUCAUCGCCACAGAGGAGGAUGAAGAGGAAUGUGCCUUGUAUCGGCUUUGCCUUUCUUUUAGCUGUAAGUGAGCCGAGUUUUGCAGAAGAACCGGAAGUUAACACGAAUUUUGGCCCAAUUCGCGGUGUUUGGCUACGGACAACAAAGGGCUUUGAAAUCGCGGGCUUUCUAGGAAUUCCCUACGCCGAGCCGCCGAUCGGGGAAUUGAGGUUUGAGAAUCCUCGUCCAUGGACCAAACAAUGGAAAAAUGGUACUUUGGACGCAACUACUGAUGGAUCAAUGUGCUUACAAAAAAGCACAACAAAAGAAAUUAUUGGAAACGAGGACUGUUUAUUUCUUAAUAUUUAUACACCUACGAUAUCUAAAGAUCAGCUCUAUAUACAACAACAAAAACUAUCGGUUUUAGUUUUUAUCCAUGGCGGCGGUUUUAGAACAGGAAGUAGCAACAGCAGUUUGUUCGCGCCUACGUAUUUGCUGGAUUACGACAUCAUCCUAGUUACGAUGAACUAUCGGCUUAAUGUAUUAGGUUUCUUCAGCACAGGAAGCAAUGUCACGCCCGGCAACUACGGCCUCAAGGACAUUGUGCUGGCGCUUGCCUGGGUCCGCGACAACAUCGGGGCUUUUGGCGGAGAUGCCGAGGCUGUCACGCUCGCCGGUCACGACGCCGGGGCCGUAGCCGCUCAGAUUAUCGCCGCAAGGAUCAACGCGUCUGAGGGACUCUUCCACAAGUUAAUUACAAUGAGCGGAACAGCAACGUCUCAUUGGUCCGUUCAAACUAGAAAAAACAUAAGAAAUUCAUCGAUACACGUGGCGACACUAGUGGGUUGUACGAAUAAAAUCGGUUAUUUUGACGAUCUGGGCAGUGGAGAUUAUGGAGCAGAGAUAGCAGUUUUCGAUGAUUCGUCCGAGGACAUCGACAAGAAGAUGAUAGACUGUAUGAAAGGCAUAGAAGCAAUAAAAAUCGUUGACCAAGGAGACGACCACGCGUGGCAGCGACAUCCGAUGUUAAUUUUCACCCCGACUCUGGAAGCCGAGGCCGAGGGCGCUAUCCUGACGGUGCAUCCGGAGCGGAGCCUCAGCGAGAGCCUAUUUAGGGACCUGCCCUGGAUAAUCGGAGUCACGGAUGACGAGGGUUUGUGGAAGACGACCGAUUUACUUCUUAAUAGUGACAUCAAAGAUGAACUCAUACAGGAUUAUGAAGAUCUUCUCGUUCCGUACGUUUUGGAGAUGAAAAAUACGAUCAAUAACGUCACAGCAGUAAGCGAAGCUAUCAGGGAAUUUUACUUUAAGGGUGAUAUUUUGGCGAAUUUCGAAAUGAAUAUCACUCAGUUAGUUGGAGAUGCACUGAUAUCAUGGUCAACUUAUGACUUUAUGCAAAAACAAAUCAAUAAUAUGAAUUCAAAUUUGUACUUUUAUGUAUUUGCGUAUGAGGGAACAUUUAGUAAUACCUUUCGAUGGGGUAUUCCAUUUCGAUUCGGUGCUGCCCAUAACGAUGACAUAAAUUAUGUAUUUCCGUACUUAAAUACGAAAUUCGCAGAUUUAGAAUUAUUUAAUACUUUGGGUGACAAAGCAAUAAUUAAUACGAUGUGUGAAAUGUGGAUGAAUUUUAUGAAAACAGGGGUACCGAGCGCGAAGCUCACCCCAGAAUGGGAGCCUUACAAGCUGAACCAUCGAUUCAUGAGAUUCGGCAACGGCCGCUUGACAGACCGAGAGACGGAGGAGAAUUUUCUACCCGAGAGGAUGGCUUUCUGGUCAGAGCUGAUGAGGAACUUCUCGGUGCCGAUCGAGGAAUACCGCAUCGACAAUAUUGACGAUGAUGAAGUUGAGGACAGCUCAAGUGCCCCGGCUCCCUCUAUUCAUCGCCUAUUGUAUAUAUGCGUCUCGAUAUUCUGUCUAUGCUCGAAUUUCAUGCUGUAACCGGAGUCGAGCGAUUUACGGCGUCGGUCCCGUAGUGUGAUACUUUUGGUCGCUUUUGAAUAAAACAAGAAAAAUCUACGAACCCAUUCGUUAAAUUUCCCAAAACAAUCUGUUAAGAUUAAUGAAACAUUAAUAUUGCGAUUUGUUCAGGGUUCAUCUGACGUUUUUAUAG